UAGCCCAAGCAUGGCCUUGAGCGACUUCAUCACACCUGCGUGAGGUCACAAGCAGUCACAAGGGGUGAGGCGAGUUCUGAGUGAAAGAAACGGGGCGGGGCUGAGGCCAAGGAGAGAUUGGACUGUGUCUCACAUGCUCUUGACGCAGAAGGUUUUGAAACUUUUUUCACCUCGUCCGAGAUGGCUGCCUCCCAGUGUCUCUGCUGCUCAAAAUUUCUCCUCCAGCCCUAGAGACAGUUACACCUAGAUCUCCAGUAUGAAUACCAGGCCCGUUGGACUUCGUGGGACCAGCUACUCUGGUCAUCAUGUUGUUUGGUAACAUCAGUGCAUGCACCUGUCUUCACAAAGGCAGAUGGUAUGAGGGUAGUUAUCUGGGAUGUCAUCCUUCAAUGAUGCGUUAUUGGCUUUGUUUCUGCCUGUGGAAAGGCAAGUGGGUGGUGACUUCCAAAUCAUGGCCACUUGCCCAUGAUAAUCUGGGUGAAUCUUUCUUUGCUUGGAGAACUGAGAAAGUCAGGUUUGUCUGCAUCUUUAAAGAACAUGGAACAGCCAAGUGAAGAUUUCUGUCACUCUCAUAAGACAUCUUCAAACGGCUCAACCUACUCAGCAUCAAGUUACUCUUCUUCAGGAAAGAACCUCGCCUGUUUCCUCACGAACCCACAUUGUGGCAGCAUCAUUAAUGCAGAUGGCCAUGGUGAAGUGUGGACAGAUUGGAAUAAUAUGUCCAAGUUUUUCCAGUACGGAUGGAGAUGCACCACUAAUGAGAAUGCCUAUUCGAACCGUACCCUGAUGGGCAACUGGAACCAGGAAAGAUAUGACCUGAGGAAUAUCGUGCAGCCCAAACCCUUGCCUUCCCAGUUUGGACACUACUUUGAAACAACAUAUAAUACAAGCUACAACAACAAAAUGCCACUUUCAACGCAUAGAUUUAAGCGAGAGCCUCACUGGUUCCCAGGACAUCAACCUGAACUGGAUCCUCCCCGAUACAAAUGCACAGAAAAGUCAACUUACAUGAAUAGCUAUUCAAAAUCUUAAAUCAGGCGUCACUCAGGAUGUGUAUAAUAUCUUAAUAUUGACUAAUUUCAGCAUCCAGGUUUCUAAGAAAUGAUAAGAUACUUCACUUUUCCACAGUAAAAAGUAGAAGGGAGCACAUUCUAAGCAGAGCUAAAAAUUUAGCUCACUGUAGCACAGUUUCAUUCUCUGAAUAAAUAAAGCAAAAAACACAGAAAA